CCGUAGGCAAGUUGCACCCAUUCCCUUUAAGGUCCCAUACUCUAAGCAAAAUGUCCAAGAGACAAGCAGAAUUACCGUUGGAGGAGGAAAUCCGAGCGAAUUCCCCGGUCCCGAAAAAGGCACGUGUGGAGGAUGAACUACCCGGAGAUGAGUCGCGCAAUGGUACAGCACACGCAGAACGGUUAACUGGCCGGGAGAGAGAAUCGGACGAACAUAACGGAGAAAACAUCCUUGCAGCAGCAGACUGGGAGGGUGAAGAGCUUCAAGAAGCGACUCAGAAUGAACCGGGAGCUUCAGACCUCGAGGACGACCGCCCAGUCGUGGCUGCGCCGAAACGUCAGGACAAGCCCAUGGAAGGCUAUAGCGACCUCUACCUCGACACGAUCAAUCGCACAGUCCUAGAUUUUGAUUUCGAAAAAUUAUGUUCCAUCAGCCUCUCGAAUAUCAAUGUCUAUGCCUGUCUAGUGUGUGGGAAAUACUUUCAGGGAAGGGGCCCCAAGUCGCAUGCUUACUUUCACGCUCUGGAAGUUGGGCAUCAUGUUUUUAUCAACAUGGGCACCAAGAAGGUUUACGUCCUCCCGGAAGGAUAUGAAGUUACGAAUAAAAGUUUGGAUGACAUUAAAUAUGUUGUGGACCCGCACUACGCGAAGGAUGAGGUUAUGAAGCUGGACAAAGAGGUCCACAAUGCCUGGGAUCUUGCAGGGAACCGCUACAGACCUGGGUUUGUUGGCAUGAACAAUAUCAAAGCAAACGACUACCUAAAUGUCGUGGUCCAGGUUUUAGCACAUGUUCCCCCGAUCCGCAAUUUCUUUCUGCUGCAUCAAUUCCCUACGCUGGGAACACCACAGCUUGCACUUCGCUUUAGCACCUUGGUUCGGAAACUAUGGAAUCCUAAGGCGUUUCGGUCACACGUGUCGCCGCAUGAGUUGCUGCAGGAGAUUGCUCUACGAUCAUCGAAGCGCUUUACUCUCACGCAACAGUCCGAUCCGGUAGAAUUUCUUUCCUGGUUCUUGAAUAAUCUCCAUCUUUCUCUGGGAGGGUCCAAGAAGCCUUCAUCGACCCCUAAAAGUGUGAUUCAAGCGGCCUUCCAGGGUCAUCUAAGGAUUGAAAGCCAAGCAAUCACGGCGCAUUCCGAUACCCAAAAUGCUCGUCUAGUAUUUACCGAAUCCGGCACCAUCAACUCCCAAAUUACCCCUUUUUUAAUACUCACUCUGGAUUUACCUCCUACGCCUCUCUUUCAGUCCGUGAACCGAGAGUCCAUCAUCCCCCAGGUUCCUUUGACUACUCUUUUAAACAAAUACAAUGGUAUUACCGCGUCGGAGAAGAUGGCCCACCGUGUCCGGCAUCGCCUUCUACACCCGCUCCCGCCAUACCUUCUAUUCCAUAUCAAAAGAUUCAGUAAAAACAGAUUUGUUUCAGAACGAAAUCCGACCAUCGUCACCUUCCCCUCUCCACGCUCCCUGGACAUGUCCCCCUACGUGGAGCCAAACCCGGAAAUCUGGCCGCCGGGGGAACCUAUCCUCUACGACCUCGUCGCCAACGUCAUCCUGGACCCCAUUGUGGCAGCACCCGGUACGGCUGAAGGUACUUCUGAUAGGCCAGCCCAAAGCACUGCUGCCGCACCUACCACAGGCGCUGGAGCCGGCAGUGAAAAAGUGGCAUGGCUCGUUCAACUUCAGGACAAAGCAAUGGCAGCAGAGAACGCUCGAAACCAUGGCCAAGACCGCGGUGGCGAGCGAGGACCGGAGUGGCUUGAGAUCCAGGACUUGAUUGUCAAGCGUGCAGAGAGCGAGACCUUGUUCACCAGAGAGGGUUACUUAAUGGUCUGGGAACGUCGGAAGGUCCCUGGUUUGACGAAUAACAAUAAGAAGGGAAAGGCACCGGCUCGGUCUGCCGGUCAGUAAGAGGCCAGCUUUUGCUUUCUUCGUCUCCUUGAGAAAAAGUUCCGAGUAAUGCAAUUCGGGCAAGUUUGUCUCUAUCUAAUUUUUCAUAUGCUUCUAUACUCAGGAUAGGUCUUUUGUAUAUUACAAAUCUACGAGGAGGAAGAAUUAAACUGAAGAUGAAGA